CAGAUGCUCGGCCUGGCAUGCGACAACGUGUCGGCAAACGACGUCAUGACUGAGGUCCUCGGCGAGCGCGUCCCGAGCUUCGAGGGGUCGCUGGGGCGUGUGCGCUGCUUCGUGCAUGUCAUCAACCUAGUUGUAAAGACGCUGCUGCGGCAAUUCGACGUACCGAAGGCCAAAUCUAGCAAGGAGGUUGACGAAGAGGACGAAGAG